AUGUGUUGUUCGAUAAUGACAAGUAUUGCUGAAGAAUUAACUGAUGACAAAAUAAAAAUUUCAAUGAUGAUAGAUAAUAAAGAUGAACCUAUCAAACAUUCAAAUGACAAAAAUGGGAAAUAUUUUAAUUAUCUUCGUCUUCGUGAUGGAGAAUGCUAUAAUUGUUCGACAUAUAAAUGUACUGAUCAUAAAUCAAAUAUGGGUGGCUCAGAAUGGUGUAUUAUGUUGUUUUCCGAUGCUCUUGCUCAUUGUAAUUCUGAUUCAAAUUGUGGUGGAUAUACAAUGACAACAGCUGAAUGGUUUCAUAAGAAGUAUGAUAAAAAUGGACAAGUUGCUGUUCAUUUAUCUAAACACGGUGAGAAAUCUAUACCAUGUUUAUUAACAGAAUGGAGUAGUUAUGAAAAACAAAAUCAAACUCGUCGUUCUCCUGUUCUUUAUGGGAAAUCAACAUGUGAAAAUACAAAUGAAGAUAAAUGCUAUAAUUCAGAAAAUUUUAAUUAUGAAUUUGUUAGUAAAUCAAAUGUUGUUGAAAAAAGUUCAUCUUAUUUAUGUUCAAAUCACCGAAAUAGAUUCGAUAAUAAUAAAGAUAUGAAUUGUAUAUUAUCAAUAGUUGAUGCUGUAUCACAUUGUAAUUCAGAUAAUCAAUGUGAAGGAUUUAUGAUAAAUACGGAUGAAAAUUGGCAAAAGAAGUAUCUUAAUAAUGGAAUGCAAGUUGUACAAUUAUUUGGAAAAGAUACGAUGUGA